AUGGAAGAAGCGGUCACCUACGCGAGCGGUGACACUUUGUCCCCACCAGACCUGCGACUGCUACAUUUCAAUGAUGUCUACCACCUCGAUGCCUCAUCAGCAGAGCCUGUAGGUGGGAUCGCCCGCUUCCAAACGGUCAUCAACCACUAUCGUAGUGGCGAGAAGUUCAAGGGCCAGCCGGAGCUGGUGACAUUCUUCUCUGGCGACGCAUUCAAUCCCAGCUUGGAGAGCAGUGUCACCAAAGGCAGCCAUAUGGUUCCCAUUUUGAACAGUAUCGGGACGAAUGCUGCUUGCGUUGGUAACCAUGACCUCGAUUUUGGUGUUCGGCAAUUCCGUAGCUUGACAUCGCAGUGUACCUUCCCUUGGCUCCUCGCGAACGUCCUUGAUCCAGCGCUCGGUGAAAAUGUCCCGCUGGGAAACGCACAAAGAACCCUGAUGCUGACCUCCUCCAACGGUAUCAAGAUCGGAGUGAUUGGUCUUGUCGAGAGAGAGUGGUUGGUUACCAUCAACACACUUCCACCUGAUCUGAUCUACAAAUCCGCUUCUGCAACAGCGAUCGAACUGGUACCUGGCCUACGAGAGCAGGGCGCCGAGAUCGUCAUCGCGGUGACGCAUCAACGGGAACCCAAUGACAACAAACUCGCAGAGAAAACUCCUGAAGGACUGAUUGAUAUUAUUCUAGGUGGACAUGAUCACUUUUACAACCACUCGCUGAUCAACGGCACGCAUGUCUUGCGAUCUGGAAGUGACUUUAAGCAGCUCAGCUACAUCGAAGCGAGACGGCGAGGCGGAGACCAAAAGGGUUGGGAUUUCAAUAUCAUCAGACAAGAUAUCACCUCCGCCAUUUCGCAAGAUAAGGAGACUAGUGAUCUCACCGAGAAGCUGACCGCAAAACUGAAGGCGAAGCUUGGGAAGCCCCUUGGUUACACUGCAGCUCCGCUAGAUGCACGAUUCACAACCGUGCGGCUGAAAGAGUCAAAUUAUGGCAACUUCAUUUGCGAUUUGAUGCGCUCGCAUUAUUCAGGAGAUUGCUGUAUCAUGGCUUCAGGAACCAUUCGCGGAGAUCAAAUCUACCCACCGGGAUUGUUGCGUCUCAAGGACAUUAUGGAUUGCUUCCCCUUCGAGGACCCAUGCAUCGUGAUUCGAGUAAGCGGAGCUGCGAUCCUAGCCGCUCUCGAAAAUUCGGUCUCCACAUAUCCCGCGCUGGAAGGCCGGUUUCCCCAAGUGUCCAACAUCAAGUUCGAAUUCGACCCGUCUCUGCCACAGAAUCAUCGAGUCAAAUGGGCCGAAGUCGGUCGCGAGCCCAUCGAUCUGGAGAGAAAAUACGUCGUCGUGACACGAGGGUACAUGGGUCGAGGCAAAGACGGGUUUGACUCGUUGCUCGUGGAAUCUGAAGGCGGCAAGGCGGAGGAGAUAGUGUCGGAGGAGAACGGCGUACUGAUCAGCAUGAUGCUGCGGCAGUAUUUUAUGUCGCUGAAGAUCCUCGGCAAGUGGAAACACUGGGGCAAGAGCUUGAACCGGCACUGGGAAUGUGUACAGGAAGAUCUCCACGCGACACAUCCCGUGGUCGAGCCAAGCCCCACGGAGGUGCGGUCCACGCAUAGCCUGUUCGGCGGAGGCGGAGGAUCAGCACCUGCAGGGGGCACCGUCACUCCGCUGGACGACUCGGAGGACGAAGGCGAGCACGAGCGUGUCCACAUCCCGCAGCAGUGGAGCGAGCGCGAAUUGCAGAUCAUCCGCAAGGUUAUGCGCAAGUGGUGGCGCCUCGCUGGCCUCAAGGGGGAAGCCAAGUGCUGUGAUAGUAUCGGAGAGGGGGAGUUUACCGUCGACUGGACAAGGGCAAGUGAAUUUCGUCUCUCCUUGAGGCAGUUCUACAGAUGUGGAGUGUAG